AUGAAUUACUCUUCGUCUGUUGGCCUUGGAAACAAUUGCAACAGCUCAUUAGUUCCUCAAACCAUUCUUCGGCGAUAUGAUUUUUCUUCCGAACUUACUCGCAACUUUCUCAUCGCAGCAGCCGUUCUGAGUUUCGUUGCUUGUCCUUUGACCUGCUUUUUUAACGGAUUAGUCAUUUUAGCCGUGAAGGUAAAACGAAGACUUCAAACACACUCAAACAUCAUGCUGGCGUGUUUCGCACUCACUAAUGUACUGAAUGGCGUGCUGGUUCAACCCCUGAAUGCAACUCUGGCGAUUUUUCUGCUUCAAGGUAAAGAUUUCCACGAAGUGUGCGAAGUUAAUUUGGCGUUUAGCUUCUCUUUUAUGGAAGUUAGCUUGAUAUCUAUGAGCCACCUGAUUCUGAUCAGUGGAGAACGCUACCUCACCAUAAAGUACUCUCUUAGACACAACGAGGUGCUCACAAAUACCAGCGUUAUAGUUUCAUCGUUUCUAACCUGGAUCACAGCAGUCAUUCUCUAUUUCAUUUUGCCAAACACUAUGAUGACGUUCGCCAUUUUAGAGAUCACAGUGUUUUCUUCGAUUGUUAUACUUCAGGUUCUGGUCUAUAAACAGGCCCGUCGUCACGAAAAAAGUAUUCUUACCCACCAAGUUUCUAUGGAAGCAAAAGCUAAAUUUAAAAGAGAGAAGAAAGCCUUAAAAUCAACCACCCUUUUAAUUCUGAUAGUUAUACUUUUUUUCCUGGUCCCAUUUACUUUCCUUAAUUUCACGUGGUUUAUAUUCGAGAAAAGAUUCUCGGAUGAAGUUAAGAUGUCCGCUCGUCAAUUUUGUCUCGGGAUAGUGACUCUUAAUUCCGUUGUCAAUCCAAUUAUUUACACAGUUCGAAAUAGACAUUUUAGAGUUUCUUUUAUCGAGAUGUUGUUGGGAAAAACUCCUCGAGAAGCUGAGGAAAAUGAGAGGAAAUUGUUUAGAUUUAGACAAAGAGUCAUGGCUGUGAGACUUGAAGCUAGACAAGAAAGAAAAGUGAAUAAAGGAUGUAAUCAAAUCCAACCAGAUGAUGCGAGGGAUCCAGAGGAAAUUACAUCGGGCGAACAGAUCAGCAUCACCACGAGAACAGUCCCUGCUGACGACCAUACUAGAUAA